AUGGGUCACCAGCAGCUCUACUGGAGCCACCCGCGGAAAUUCGGCCAGGGGUCACGCUCUUGCCGCGUGUGCUCAAACCGGCACGGCCUGAUCCGGAAAUAUGGUCUCAAUAUGUGCCGUCAGUGUUUCCGUCAGUACGCGAAGGAUAUAGGAUUCAUAAAGGUACGCGUCCUGGACGCCAUGUUUUCGUGUUUCUGUGAACGUAGAAAAGAGUUCCUUAACGUGAGCAUUUGA